AAAGGAUGAUGGAUAAACCCCUUCAUCCUCAACGUAACAUAAACCCCAAAAUUCCAAAAUCAUCUUUACUACAGAAAUGAAACCAAGAACCUCCUGCUCCAUGUAGAAAAAUCCAUCAAUGGCUCUCAAAUUUCCAAACCCUUCAAACCCAUUUCUUCUUUCAUCAUCACCACUAACCCCAUCUCUUCAAAAUCCUAACUUUUUCACUCUACACUUCAGUAACCAUCGCAGAAAGCUCAAGCUUCGAGCUUCAUCUACAGCAGACCCAAAUGGAGCUGAUGGGUCAUCUUGGUCAGAGUCAUUGGACCGCGCUUCGAGGCGGUUUUUGGUGAAAUUUGGAGAUAUGGUGAAGAAAGAGACGGGUGUUGAUUUGGGAGAUGGGGUUGGGAAGGUUGGUGAGUUUGUGGAUGGUGUGAGGAAGGUUGGAAGUGAGUUGAGAAUUCCGAGUUUGGAUGAGUUUGUUGAUUGGAACCGGUUCGAGAAUUGGAAGAAUGUCAAGAACUGGGAACCUAGGCGAAUCGGUGCUUUAGUUCUGUAUAUAUUUGUUGUAGCAUUUGCUUGUCGAGGAGUAUUUGUAGCAAUUCAAGCACCUUUCCUAAACCACCAGAGGAAAGAGUCGACUGAAGCCUACAUGGAAGUGUUAAUUCCCGCGCCAACCCCGACUAACAUCAGAAAAUUCAAGAAGGUCGUGUGGAGGAAGACAAUGCCAAAAGGCCUGAAAAUUAAAAAGUUUAUUGAAAGACCUGAUGGAACACUUGUUCAUGAUUCCACUUUUGUUGGAGAGGAUGCAUGGGAGAAUGAUCAGGAAUCUUCUGAUGAACAUGUAAAACAAAUUGUUGGGGAUGAAGAAAGGUUAAACAGUGAAGAGAAGAACGAAUUAACCAAAGACCUGGCCAUCUCAGCAGGCGAAGUUCAAACUGAGGGCACAUGGCGUGAGAGACUUCAUAAAUGGAGGGAAAUCCUUGGAAAAGAACGUCUUGUUGAGCAAUUAAAUUCCUUAAAUGCCAAAUAUGAGGUUGAUUUUGACAUGAAAGAGGUUGAAAAUAGUCUUCGCAAAGAAGUUGUAGAAAAGGUGAGAACCACUCAGGGAACAAGGGCUCUGUGGAUAGCUAAGAGAUGGUGGAGAUAUCGUCCUAAACUUCCUUAUAAUUACUUUCUUGACAAACUUGAUAGUUCGGAGGUAGAAGCUGUUAUCUUUACCGAAGACAUGAAAAGAUUAUACGUGACAAUGAAAGAAGGCUUCCCAUUGGAAUAUGUUGUUGAUAUUCCUCUUGAUCCUUAUCUUUUUGAGAUUAUUUCGAGUUCUGGAGUGGAAGUAGAUCUCCUUCAAAAGCAACAAAUCCAUUAUUUUUUGAAGGUUGCGAUUGCAUUUUUACCUGGAAUACUAAUUCUAAUUCUUAUGAAGCAGUCUUUGGCCAUUCUGCACCUCACUUCCAGUCGUUUUCUUUACAAGAAGUAUAAUCAACUCUUCGAUAUGGCUUAUGCUGAAAAUUUCAUUCUGCCAGUUGGAGAUGUUGGUGAAACAAAAUCUAUGUCCAAGGAAGUUGUGUUGGGAGGUGAUGUUUGGGAUCUGCUUGAUGAGUUGAUGAUAUAUAUGAGAAAUCCUAUGCAGUUCUAUGAAAGGGAUGUGAAGUUUGUUCGGGGUGUUCUACUCUCUGGACCUCCAGGAACAGGAAAAACACUUUUUGCAAGGACACUUGCAAAACAAAGUGGAUUGCCAUUUGUUUUUGCUUCUGGCGCUGAGUUCACAGAUAGUGAAAAGAGUGGAGCAGCUAAGAUUAAUAAGAUGUUCUCCCUUGCUAGGAGAAAUGCACCUUGUUUUGUAUUUGUGGAUGAAAUAGAUGCCAUUGCUGGAAGACAUACUAGGAAGGAUCCACGUAGAAAGGCAACUUUUGAGGCUCUUAUUACACAGCUUGAUGGAGAGAAGGAAAAAACCGGUAUUGACCGUGUAUCCCUCAGACAAGCGGUCAUAUUUAUCUGUGCCACAAAUAGAGCAGAUGAGUUAGAUCUUGACUUUGUUAGACCUGGACGAAUUGAUCGUCGUCUAUACAUUGGUUUGCCUGAUGCAGAACAAAGAAUCAAAAUUUUUGAUGUUCAUAGUUCUGGAAAGCAACUUGGUGAGGAUGUGAAUUUCACGAAGCUUGUCUUCCGCACUGUUGGAUUCUCUGGAGCAGAUAUAAGAAACCUUGUCAAUGAAGCAGCAAUAAUGUCGGUGAGAAAUGGGCAUCCAAAAAUAUUCCAGCAAGACAUUACUGAUGUAUUAGAUAAACAACUGCUUGAGGGUAUGGGUGUCCUUAUCACUGAGGAUGAGCAGAAGAAGUCUGAAGAAAGAGUAUCUUUUGAAAAAAAGAGACUGCUUGCUGUACAUGAAGCCGGUCAUAUUGUGCUUGCUCACUUGUUUCCUAGGUUUGAUUUGCAUGCAUUUUCACAGCUCCUGCCCGGUGGUAAGGAAACUGCAAUAUCUGUUUUCAAUCCUCGAGAAGAUAUGGUAGACCAAGGUUAUACAACUUUUGGUUACUUGAAGAUGCAAAUGGUAGUGGCUCAUGGUGGUCGAUGUGCUGAACAUGUUAUAUUUGGCGAGGAUAUUACUGAUGGAGGAAGGGAUGAUCUUGAAAAGAUAACAAAGAUUGCUCGGGAGAUGGUAAUCAGCCCUCAAAAUAAACGGUUGGGGUUAAUAGGUUUAACUAAAAGGGUUGGCUUAGCUGAUCAACCAGAUGCUUCAGAUGAUGAUUUGAUAAAAUAUAGAUGGGAUGAUCCUCAAGUAGUUCCUACAAAGAUGUCAGUGGAGUUAUCUGAGCUCUUUACAAGGGAGUUGACAAGGUACAUUGAAGAAACCGAAGAACUUGCAAUGAAUGCUUUGAGGGACAAUAAGCACAUCGUGGACAUGGUUGCAAGAGAACUAUUGGAGAAGUCAAGAAUAACUGGAUUUGAGGUUGAAGAAAAAAUGAAACAACUGUCUCCAGUAAUGUUUGACGACUUUGUGAAGCCAUUCCAAGUAGACUGCGAAGAGGACGGACCAUUGCCGCAUAACGAUGAUAUACACUAUCGCACAGCUGACUUAUACCCGGCUCCUCUCCAUAGAUGUUAAUACAUUUAGAUCUUUGUAUUACUACCACACUUUUGAUGUUACCUUCUUCAUUAGAAAGUCAACACUUACCACACAUUCAUGGAGCUGUUAUUCAACAAGCUCAUUUCCUCUUCAAUGGCCACUGAUAUCUCUCCAUUGCUGAACUCUAUGCUAAUCAAGCCUUGAGGACCUUUCACAAAUUAUCAUCAAUUUUCUUGCUAAAUUAAAUUAGUUGGGGGUAUGCAUGCUUGCCUUGUCUUGUAUAUUGUAAUUCUAUAUUCAAUUUUGAUGGUUGUUAAAUAUAUAUAGUUGAAAAUUAAUUUUUAAACGUAAAUUUUGAAGUUGUAUAUCGAGUUUGAAGCCAAGUGGUUAUGACAUGAAAAUGUGCAUAACACGAAGAAUAUACUUCAUCUAAUCACUAUUAUAAACAAAAUCAUGUUUCAAA